AUGGCGCGCACCAAUAUCCUGGUGUUAUUCGAGGGGUUGGACACUGAUGGGACGGGGCCACCCCGCGUGUGGGGGCGGGGCACUACGCGGCUGGUUCUGCCCCGUAAUGCAGACUGGUUAGCUAAGCCACAUGCAUUGAUCUACCUUGGGUUCCACUUCGCCAUCAGCAAACUCUACUCCAACUCCUUCCUUGCCUCCAUGAACUCCCGGAAGUUGCUUAGAGGGCAGUCUCAGUCUCAGUCUACCUCGGGGCAUCGCCUUCCUGUUAUCUUUGCUCACCACCUCACUGGUGGCAGGCACAACUCCAAGGCCAUGGCCGUAGAGCCGGUUGACCUGACCGGUACAAGACUGCAUAUUACAAUUGAUAAGACAGUCGACGUAGUGGAGGACGACCUCCGGGACCUGUCGUCGCAGCACAGCAGCGGCAACACCAAAACGCCUGUAUGA